AUGGCCGGAAACAAAUACAAUGUCGGCAUCAUUGGAUAUGGCUUGAGUGCGAAGAUAUUUCAUAUUCCCUUUGUCAAUGCGGUAUCCGACUUCAAUCUAUACGCCAUCGUGCAGCGAAGCCCCAAGCCCGACGAUGACGCGAGCAUCGACCAUCCCAACAUCAAGUUGUAUCGUUCUGCGGAUGACAUGGUCCAAGAUGACCAAGUAGAUGUUGUCGUGGUGACAACCGCUCCAGAGUCACAUUUUCAAUUGGCAAAGAUGGCAACGCAGAAGAAGAAGCAUGUCAUUGUGGAAAAACCCUUUACUCCUACAUCCGCUGAAGCACGAGAACUGGUUGACCUAGCCAAGUCCCAGGGUGUCAUCCUUACCGUCUACCAAAAUCGACGAUGGGACUCGGAUUUCUUAACGCUCCAAAAGCACAUCGAGGAUGGAACCUUGGGUAGAAUCGUCGAAUUUGAAACCCAUUUUGAUCGACAUCGCCCUGAUCCCCCGGCCGAUAACUGGAAGGCAUAUCACGCUCCGGGGACCGGUGCUGUCUACGACCUCGGAACACAUCUCAUGGAUCAAGUCGUCCAUCUUUUCGGUAUGCCUGAGCGGAUUACUGGAUUUGUGGGAUCGCAAAGGGAAAUGAACACGACGGGUCUGGAGGAUUCUUGCACCGUGCUGUUGCAUUAUGGCAAGAUGUUGGUUACGGUCAAAGCCGGCGUCGUCAGCCCUGAAGUGAAUCAAUUGCGAUUCUGGGUUCGUGGUGACAAAGGCUCGUUCAAGAAGUUCCACCUAGAUCCCCAAGAGGAUCAGUUGAGGCAUGAAGGUCUCAGACCGGGCGACCCAGGAUAUGGUUACGAGCCUGAGGAUAGGUACGGGACGAUGAACAUCUCCAAGGAUGGAAAAAUCGUGAGCGAGGUCGCUCCUACCGUGAAGCCGCCGACAUACACCGAGUACUAUCAACGACUAGCAGCCGCAUUGAAUGGUGAUGUCUCAAAAGUCCCAGUUCCUCCCGAGCAAGCUGUGGGUGUAAUCCGGUUGGUUGAGCUUGCCAGGGAGAGUUCGAAGCUGGGGAAGACAUUAACCGAUAUCGUGCAAAGAGACUAUGGUUUCGCGUUUACCUGGCACAACCGGGUACAUGACUAUAGAUACUUGAAUGCUCCGCCGUACGAUGCGAGGCUGGGCACUGUGGAGCAUAAACUUUCAGCUGCGUUUUCCGUAUUUCGAACCAUCAUUGCGAUUCAUAGAUGCUGUCAGCAGGGCGGCACUCUCCUCGGCCUAGUUACGCCCAUGUUCAAUGGGUGCCACCGGGUUAUACAUGACUCGGGCCCGUCCAGGCCAGUUUCUCGUGCCUUGACGCUUCGCCCGGCUUGUUGUUACGACGAAGUUUCCAUUGGCCAAAUUCCACGCCUCGAGAGGAGCUGGACACCAUGGUACGCAAUAUCUGAACGCAGAAUUCCCCCCAAGCACCCAUUCUACCUGUUCUGCACAACUUCCUGCAGACAGAGAAAAAAUGGACUCCGGGGCCAGCGUCUGCAAGAUCACCGGAACCGGCGAAAAUUCAGUACAGUCUCAAUACUCUUGUUAAAUCCGGCCAAAACACGACAUGCUUCCGCCCUGGGACUUCCAGCAAGGCGUCCUUCAGAUCACCACCACCUGCCACCUGGAAGGCCUCCGGGCCCCGGGAGUUUACCACCUUUUCCUGGUACGUUGGCUCCUCCGCGGUCAGGAAAUAGAAGGCGGGCCGAAAAUGUCGGAGCUCCCAAUCCAUUGCUCCCAGAAAACCCCUUGCAGGAGCAGGAACGACAGACAGAGAUUUCGUGGAGGAAACAAGAAUGGGUGGCCGCCUACAAAAGAAAGGAGGAAAGCGCAUGGGGGAUCGUCAGGAAACUAGAAUUAGAACACACCAGCCGCGAAUCGAUUGCGUCCAUACUGGCAUCCGCGAGAGAUCGUGCCAAGGAGGAGUACUGGAAAAUGCGGGCCAAAGAGCAUGUCGCUCAGCUUAUUGCACCGAUCGAGCGACGCCUGCAGCUCCUGGACGAUGGGAUUUCCGUCAUACGCACAGAUCUGACACAGCUACGCGAUGAAAGACAACAAUUUAAGAACUCACUUCGGGAAAAAGGCGUCAUGCUAGAGUGGCAGUUGAACUUCGUGGCCGAACAGGGAAGCAUCAACGAUACCCUCAGAGAAUCCACGAAGGUCUUCCAGGAUAUUACCGAUGACAUUCUCUGUGACUCAAAUCUCUGGUCAAUAGCAAGAGAUCUGGCGACGAGAGGACUUUGGGAGAAAGGUUCUAUUCCCAGCACUGACGCGGCCAAGGAGCAUUUUACUUCCACAGGAGCGAAAGGGUGGAACAUCAAACGCGCGAUGAGUGAAAUCCUGUUGCUGAGAUUUGAAGCACAGGUAUUGGGACGAGAAGUCUCGGCGGAAUUGCAUAAACUCCGAAAGAUCAGACGCUGCGACAUGCUGUACACGAAUCUGCCCGAACUCUUCGAGUUUGAUGUCCGCCAUUUGCAAUUCUAUUUACUCCUAUACGACAUUGAAACCAACUCCUUCGAGAUACUUAGGCGCUGGGAGCAGUUGCAAGGGAGGCAUCCCACAAAGCGCGCUGACUACUAUCGUUCUGCGUCUCGGUACCUCGCUAAAAAGAUGUACAAUCGAGCUCUGGGUACUGCGACAUUGUUUAUCACGUCCUUUUCUCAAUAUCAGUUGUCCGGGCUCAGGUCCAACCUUCCUCUUCAAACCGCCCAGGUGUUGAAGUUCCGACCGUUUGCCAUAUUCCAAGCCAGAGCUCAUUCAUUGAUGGUGUCUGUACAAAAGUUUAUCAGCUCGGAGUUUUGGUUACCUCGUGAUUCGCUGGAAGGUCGGGAGCGGCAUUAUAAAUUUACCUCUAUUAAGGAUGCCAUGAUAGCGGAUCGGCGGGAGAUUUGGAGACUGUUGACAAAUGCAACAAUUUGGACAGGAAUUUCGUCCAUGACCAUUGGAAUUUCCAGCCCCCCGCGCACGCGAAGCGACUUGAUGACAAGUGUCCAUCCCACUCCAGAGGCUCGAGCCAAUCCCCAAUCUAUCCUAGGAUUGCCUUCCGCUGGAAAACAAGAUGAUCCACCCUGGCGAAGACCAAAAAACCUAUAUCCCCGUGACGCAGCUAUUCCAAUUCACCACGUCGUCGAUGUCGAGUUUGCGCUGGAUGUUUUGAAACGAUUCUCGACCUCGAAAGCCCUGGGAAUUGAUACUGCUAUUCACGCUGUAUCUCCGUCGCGGAAUCAUUACGCUCGAGUUGAGUUUAUGAUGCUCGCAAGUGAUCGUGAAGUCGCAAUCUUCCACCUUGGUGUCAUGUCAGCCGGCGAAAUCCUGCGUUUUGAUCGUUUUCAAAGCGUCCUUGGUAACCCUGGAAUCUUGAAAGUGGGAGUCAACAUGAACUUGCAGCGAACGAGACUGGCGUCUGAUUUCCUCAUCGAUAUGGAGGGAUGCUAUGAUCUCACGGGCGAUCAGGGUCAAAUCUGCCACGACUCCAUAGAAGAUCCUACUAUUGGCUUCAUUUCAGCACUCGUUGACCGAAGCUAUCGCCAUGCACUACCUCAACUCACCCUUCAGCGUGCGACCUGGGAGGCUGGUAUGGAUAAUCCCACUGGUUUCUUUACUCACCUUGCCGCUCGCCCUUACGCAGCCCUACAGUUAUACCACCUUGUUCACAGAGAGUCGCAGGAUAUCGUGCCUUGCUCGUUAGACUCGCUCCACUCCUCCGCCUCUGCAUUUGGCCCUGUACUCCUGUACAAGAAAAUAAGUAACGUCCCAGGGAAAAGCAGGGACCUGAGAAAGGGCAACGACCUUGAACAAAGCAGCGACCUCGAACAAAGCAAUGACCUCGAUCACUCCGAUCGACUCCCAAGAUCGCCGCAUCUUGCACGGACACUCUCACGUGCUGAGUAUCUGCGACGCUUGACUGGAGCCAUGGCUUUGAAAACUCUUCAAACGGCACGGUUUUGCCGGAAGCUGAAGAAAAUACAAGUACCCUUCAGAUCAUCAUGGAAGCGACAGUGGAUAAGAAAUCUCCAGGCUUACUAUCUUUUUACGACUUUCAACGAGAAACCUAAGACAAUCAGGGAUUAUUUGCGGAUAUCGAACCCUAGUUCAUCCAUUCUUGCAUUUGCGGAUCGAGCCAAACUGCCACUAAAUGAAGGGGACCAUCUGUUGCUGCGACUUACAAGAAGCUGGGAACCGGUCCUUAAAGACAAAACUCUCGACCAUUCUGCAUCUCUGCCGAGGAAACAGUCCAAUUCGAGUCAAGAUGUAAAACCGCUUCCGUUUGCAAUUGCAAACGCAUCUGUCGGGCGAUUGAGAGCUGGAAGUGCGACGAAGAUCCGGCACAUGCCUCUCAAAUGCGACGCGAGGACGAUGACAGUGACAACGAGAAAUAAUGAGCGCAUCGAUGACGGUGCAAAACAGGCGGCGGCAUCCCAGGCUCAUCAGAAACCCUGGGUUGCAUCGGCCCGUCUCAAAACAUUAUCAGCUAAAUCAAACCAGCGCUUGAAAUCUACGAAAAGGGCGUAG